AACACUUUAAAUCUUUGAAAAAUCAGUCAGAAAAAAACAAGUAAAAUGCAGGAGUAACGCACAAAAUCUCAUAAAAAGCAGCAAUACGAUGGAAUCCCUGUCGAAGGACCCCUCCGCAGAUGACAAACAGCGAGAUGAUGGUCAUCCGGUUAAGUUGGAUUCGGAGGCCUCGGAAAACAAAAUAUCUCAUGUUUUGCGAACGGAAUUUGAUGCCAAAUACGAAAUUGUGAACCUGCAGACGCCUCUAAAUGCUUUCAUGUCCGGUCACUACAAAAAGAGCUUCGCCUUCUUCACCCUCAGGAGUCGCCUGCCCGUCAUCCUAACCAACGUAAUUGACACCUUGACCCGAGAAAAGACCGAGCUGGUUGCCCAAUUUGCCUCUAAUGAUUUUGAACAGGCUGCUCGCGAGGAGUUGAAAAUCAUAAUUGGUUUGAUAUCCCGGCUGAAGUAUGAGCUGCAAACGGACAAACCCUUCCAGAACUUUACGGGAGAAGAACCCGAUCAAGAACUCUGGAACAACUUCAUCAACAGCCUGCCCCCUGGCGAACGUACUUUUUUCAAGGCCAGCUCCCUCCACGCCGAGUGCUAUUUGCAUCGAAAACUGCACUCGUUUUUGGAGAACAGCAUAUUCCUUAAGUCCUUCGAUUUCUAUGCCAAGUUAAAGGAGCAGUCUUUGACCGACAGCAUGGAUGAUGUGCUGGCCCUCACCAAGUACACUCGGCGAUCAGAAAACAGCCUGGAGGUCUUUAACGAGCUGCUGACGAUAAACUUGUGGAGCAACUUCAACGAUCUGUGCAGCGAUCCAGAGAUAAUCAAGCAAACGAAUCGCCAGGUUCUCCAAAACGUGGAGGCCACCAAUCAUAAUGUACUCGUCAACCAGGCAGCUAAAAUCUGGGAUUGCUUAAGCAAUCAAAAGCGGAAAAAGCAGAAGCAGGUGGACUUCAUUCUGGACAAUGCAGGCUAUGAGUUGUUUAGCGAUUUUAUCCUUGCUGAGUAUAUGAUCGAAAAGGGAUUGGCCAGCAAGGUGCGCUUUCAUGUAAAGGCGCAUCCUUGGUUUGUAACCGACGUUACUGAGCGAGAUUUCAAGUGGACACUGGAGUACUUGAGUCAACAUUCGGACUACAUUAUAAGUCUAAUAGGAAAGAAGUUCUUGCAAUAUCUCGACGAGGGAACGUUCGAGCUGGCGCCAGUCUCACGGUUCUGGACAUCGCCAUAUGUUUUUAACAGCAUGGCCCAAACUGAUCCAGAUUUGUACAGCUCCCUGCAGCAAUCACAGCUUAUUGUUUUUAAGGGUGAGCUCAACUAUCGAAAGUUGCUACAGGAUGUGUGUUGGGACAGCACUCAAGAAACGAGCACCUGCCUCCGAGGCUUUUUGCCCAGCAAUGUUUGUGUGCUGCGAAGGGUCAAGAGUGAAGUGAUCUCCGGUCUGGCCAAAGGGGUUAGUGAGGCGCUGAGCAGAAAGGAUCCGCAGUGGAUGGUGUCGGGCCGCUAUGGAAUCAUUCAGUUUGUGGACGUAACUCGCGAAUUUGGCUACUGACUUUGUAAAGGACGGGCGGUUUAAAUUUUUGGUAAAUAAAUAGGCGUUACAUAUCUAAAAA